GAGGAAGCAGAAGUGCCUUCAAAUAGAAAGCUAUUUUUCUUUGAGUCUGACUUUCGGUUCGCUUCCCUACAAGUUAUCAAGACAGUUAGAUAGUUAGUUAACAGGCUCAUUUGGCGUAUGAUAACGAACUAUAACGCGAGAAUUUAAACCUGGGUUCAUUUCUUUUGUUUGUCUUGCUCCAAAGACAAAAAGGGCGUAAUUCUUUCUUGUUGAAGGGAAAAAAAUGCCGGCAAAUGCCGUUGAUAAUAGCUCUGUAGUGUCCUCUUCUUACUCGGAUGUUUCAUAUGUUUCGGACACCAGAAAACGACAGUAUAAAAGAGAUGAAGCUCUUCGAAGGAAAAUAGCUACCGAACUAAGUAAAAAACAAGCAAAUCUUGACUCCCCGGCGAAACCAACGAAUCGACAUGGCGAGCCUGGAACGGUAGAAAGCGUUGCCCUUGAUGCGGCAUUGACAGUUCAUAUGCAUAGCUCGAUAACUGAAACAGCUCAGCUAAUGGCGGCCAAACGACAAGAUUGUGUAUUGGUUGUGGACGAGGAAGGACAGCUUACUGGCAUUCUGACUUCGAGUGAUAUUGCAACGAAAUGUGUCGGUGCUGGUUUUGACGCUCGACAAACCUAUGUAGCUGACAUAAUGACGAAUGGUCCGAUAUGCAUUACGAGUGAUACAAGAAUUGAUGCUGCGCUUGAGUUGAUGGUCGAGCACCAAAUCCGACAUCUUCCUGUGGUGAGUGACGGUAACCCCAAUGGUGAUAAUGGAGAUGAAGGAGAUGUUAUCGGGAUUAUCAACAUGCGCACUUGUUUACGUGAACCUCUAGAUCGGAUUGCUCGUCAACAAGAAGCGGCUGAACGUCUUGUUGCUGCUCUCGAAGGUGCUCAAGAAGAAUUGGAAGAUCGGUCCGUUUCUGGUAGUACCAAUAACUCUUCUCAUUCAGGUGGUCCACAUGCGGCAGAGUUUAUUGAAUAUGUUGAAUCUUUAAGGAAGAAAGCAUCUGGUCAAGAUGUUUUGUCUUUGAUUGAAUCUACCCAAGAGCCUAUAUUGGUAGGCACACGAACUACCGUGGCUGAGGCUGCAGAGUCCAUGGCGCAUGCCAAUGUUUCUUCCGUUCUAGUUAUGGACAAUGGAGCUGUUUCUGGUAUCUUUACUUCUCACGACAUCGUACUUCGUGUUCUUGCGGCAGGACUCGAUGCUUUUCGUUGCUCUGUCAUUCGAGUUAUGACUCCCCACCCAGAUUGCGCGCUCAUCGACCUUCGAGUUAGUACAGCACUUGAGCGAAUGCUUGAAGGAAAGUUUCAUUUCCUUCCUAUUGUUGACGAAGAUGAUUCUAUCGUUGGAUUGCUUUCACUUUUCCAUUUGGCAACGGCAAUUCUUGCUGAGCAAUCCCCCGAAGAAGAUGAAGGUUUGGAUCAUGAGAGUCACGAACUUGAAGAAAAUAUUUUAUCUAAAACCGCUUCUCAAGAAAACCAUCCUCUCUUGGCUCCUUCCAAUGAAAACGUCGAUUCACCACCUGAAUUGCCUAUCCCUAAUCAAGCUAUCCUUCCCUCCCAUCAACCAGUUUCACCUGAACCCCAUACGCUUCCUACUUCUUCGACCUGGCAAGAAACGAAUUAUCAGUUACCGGAAAAAGAUAGUCAGUACUCACCUUCCUUUCAUGGAUCUCAUGUUUCUUAUCGUUCAGAACAGCACCCUCUUUUCCCAGUUCAAAGCAAUGGGAUUGCAUACUCUGAGCAUCCUUCUGCUGUUGAUGCUUACGGAGCUUCGGACAUACACGGCUAUGGUGCCUCGCAGACGACUCCUUCAUACGUUGGUUCACUUUCUCAGUUUCAAGGAAACCCAUCAAUUAUGGAACAAGCAUUGCAGGAUUUAGUACAGCCGACGGAUUCUGCAUCUCAGAUCUUCCCCAUUCCACGCCCCUCUCCUUCGCAAUUUAGCAUUAAAUAUCGAUCAACGAUCGGACGGGUUCAUCGUCUUCGUUUGGAUCAAAUUAGCUCAUUGAGCGAUUUACAGAAAGCCGUCUCUAAUCGUGAAAAUGAACCAAAUAUUACACUCACCUACAUAGACGAUGAAGGGGAUGUAGUUGAAAUCACAAGUGACGCUGAUCUUCGAGAAGCAAUCUUUUUAACUCGUCGGCGUGGACUACCGCGUUUAGAGAUUCGUGGUGUAGGAGCGAACAGUCAUGUUGUCGAUGGUUUCAAUCCCGUUUUGUCUACCGUUGGAAGUAGUACUGGAACAGCAUCUGUUUUACAACCUAAAUUUCCUGUGGAUGAACACAUUUCUACUUCGCCGCAGCCCUCAAAGGCAUCUACGAAAAAGCCAUCUGAUCGGUCUUUAGCUUUUGCCGGUAUCGUAUCUGGUAGUAUUGCUGUAGUAAUCUUGUCGGCCUGGUUCUUACGCCGCAAGCGUUGAGACUUAUUUCAUUAAUGAAAGAGAGAAAAUCUAAAUCUGGCCAGAAAGCUAUCGUUUGCCAUUUUGUUCUAGGAUUUGAUCAUUUAGCCAUCAUUUGCUUUAUAAGUUACUACGAACCCUUUUACAUUUCAUUAUUAGUUAUGUGCAUUAGUUAAUUAGUUGAUCUUCUCAAAGCAGAUAAGAUUAUUAUGUAUCGGGUUGAAGAUGGUAUUCGUAUAUGACUUGCACGAUUCAUUAACGCAUAUAUUCAACUAUUAAAACAAGAAUAGAAAGAAAGUAGUGUGCUUCUAUGUUCAGUGUAAGAGAGAUGUACAUGAAUAAAUAGCUUCUUUUGCAUAGAAUCCCAAAU